AUGAACGCUCCGCAUCGUCCUCCGCAGCAGCCUGUGGCCUUGCCCCCCCAGCGGCCGCAGGUUGGCAUUGAGCGCUUGCCUGCGCGGAAUGUCACCACCGAGCCGCGCGAGUCCAUGAACUGCAAGUCGUGCCGCAAGCGAAAGAUCAAGUGUAAUCGCCUUCGUCCUUCUUGCGAAGCAUGCUUGGUGUUUCAAUGUCCAUGUAUAUACGAUGCUGUACCGAAGAAGCGCGGGCCAAAGACGGAUGUCUUGGAGGCUCUCUUAAAGAGAGUGGAUGGGUUGGAGGCCAAGCUCAAGGAGAAGAACGCCGAAGGCGAGCAGACGACGUCGUCAGCGGCAACACAGCAGCCGGCAGCAGCUGAACCAUCCACAAAGAGGCAGCCAGACGAGCGAGACACUGCAGAACCCGCCGCCAAGCGGAGAGCCACCGAGGACAAGACGCCCAACGUUACAGAGCUGCCGUUGUACUCCCCACAGACGUCGACAGCUGGGGAUCCCGCCACCCCGUCUAUACAGACCGACGCCCUUCUCGAUACCUACUUUAACCGCUUCCACAACAAGCCCUUUCACAUCUUUGACGAGUCGGCGAUACGGAAACGCAUUCAGCUCAAGCAGCUUCCCCCCUUUCUCUUUGACGCCAUUGCCGCAGUCGCCGCCAGGCACACGCCACAUCCUCGCGGUUUCCGGGCCGCUGUCAAGCUGGGCGACGAAUAUGCCUCUCGAGCCAGGAGUGCCAUUGACAUCGAUGAGCCGUCCAUCGACAAUCUCCAGGCCAUUGUUCUACUGGCGAUUGCAUAUACCGCCUCGGGCAAGGGGAGGAAGGCGUUUAUGUUGAUAACCAAUGCCAUUGGCAUGAUCAUGGCACUGGAACUGCAUCGUGAGAUGGACCAGCAAGCACAGGUGACACCGAUGGAACGCGAAACGCGGAGGCAGCUCUUUUGGUCAUGCUACUUGCUGGAUCGCUUCUCGGCCUCCGGCUCUAAGCGGCCAUCCCUCAUUGGCGAUGAUGCCAUUGCAUUACGGCUCCCGUCAUGGUCUCCGGCGGUCUCCGGCCUUCCCGUGGACGGCGAUUUCUUCCUCUGCGGAUCUAAUCUACAGUACUUUCAGGGCAGCGGCAAAAAGUCCCAGGGUAGCUCGGGCAUGCUCAUCGACAUCACGCGCAUUCUCGGCGUCACGAACCGGUAUCUGGCGGCUGGAGGCGUCAAGGGCGACUCGCACUUCCCCUGGCACUCGCUAUCAAAUCUGUCCAAGAUCAGACAGGAUCUCGAUGUGUGGGCGUCGGGCACGGACGGCAUCUUCGCGUCGAUGGAUGUUCUCUUUGGCCAGCCGGACUCGACCGUUCUUGUCCUGUGCAAGCUCAUCUACCACCUCAUCCACUGCUUGAUCUACCGUCCGUUCCUCCCCAUCAGCCUAGCUGAGCUGGCAGGAAACGGGCAGCACCAGUCGUGGCAGAUCGAGGCGACCAACAUGUGCUUCUUCCACGCGAAUGCCAUCACGGAGCUCGCCGAGGUCGGCAGGCAGAUGCAGACCAUCGAGUGGCCGUCCUUUGUGGGCUACUGCAUCUGCACCGCCGGCACCGUCCACAUCCACGGCGCCCACUAUGGCAAACAGGGCGGCAGCGGCGAGAUCAGCGUCUUUAGCUCGUCUUCAGACUUUUUGUCCCGCGAAAUGCAGCUUUUGAGCGACCUGCGGUUUACCUGGGCCAUUGUGCAGCACCAACGGGAUAUGCUCCAGCGACUGUACGAGGCACACAGAGAGCUGGUCAAGACCAUCACCGGAAGCACAAUGCGGUACACGCCCGGAUUCCAGCUCGAGGACUUUUUCGACCGGUAUUCCAACAUUGGAGGGCCUGGGGGGCCGACCUUCCACUUUGAUACCGCCAACCUUAGCCUGGCCGACGAACUGGUCGACUACUCCAACGAGCCGACUCCCCUGUCCGAUGUACAGUCUCCUUGGCCUACGGAGAACAGGCCGAACCCCAAGAUCAAAAAGCCGUCCCAGUCGUCCCUCCAGGGCAUACCUCUGCCUCUCACGCCCACGAUGACGGUCACGAGCUAUCCCCGCCAGUCCCUACCCAUGCAGCAUGGGCUGAUGCCGGCCCCGUCAACGCCUGGGGUGGGUGCCAUGGCCGAGAUGAUGCCCGCUCACAUGGAUGCUCACCGGCAACAGCACCACAUGAGUGCCAUGCGCAGCACCGUCGACGUCACUUCGGCCGCCCACCCUGCCAUGGCUGGCUUCGGUCUUGGACACCCAGGUCACCCCGGCCCAGGAAACAUGGCCUCCAUGGCCGGGAUGACAUUCAGCCCCGCGUUCAACUACAACCUGGGGCCUUCCCACGCGGCAGGCGGUGUGCCUCAGCAGCAGGUCAUCAACGACGCCAGCGGAGGCUUCGACGCUAUGUUUGGAACGAUCACGGCCAGCGCGUACAACAGCCCGCCCACAUGGCAACCAGGGGUCAGCCAGGCAACGCCGGGAGCUACGGCUCCUAGCCCCAGCACAAAGAGCAACACGGGCAGCACGGGCACGACGGGCGAGGAGAAGGAUCCUUUCAUGAGCCUCUUGGAGCAGCUAGCCAACGACGAGCAGCGGCAAAGCAGCGGGUUGAAGAGCGAGCUGGAUUACUUCCUGACCAGCGGUGGCGCUCCAUAA